AUGUCGCCCAUAGAUGUGCAUAUCAAGCAUAACGGCAAGACCUACGACAUCAAGCUCGACCCCGAUCUGCCACCGGCCGUCUUCAAAGACACUAUAUACAGUCUCACGGGCGUUCCUGUGGAUCGGAUGAAGGUCAUGGUCAAAGGCGGUGUUUUGAAGGACGACUCGUCAUGGAAGAAAAUCGGCCCGAAAGAGGGCCAAACUUUCAUGGUAAUCGGUGCAGCCGGAGAGCUACCAAAGGCCCCUCCGAAACCAAUCGUGUUCUUAGAAGAUAUGGACGAUUCUGAAUUAGCGGAAGCUCUUGCUAAACCUGUUGGAUUAACCAACCUCGGUAACACCUGCUACAUGAACGCUACCGUACAAGCACUCCGCGCCGUCCCCGAGCUCCAAGCCGCUCUCGAAGCACCCUCAUUACAAUCCGACACACCGCUCCCCGGCGCACUACGCGACCUGUACCGCAACAUGGCUCAAACAGCCGACACAGUCACACCUUUUAAAUUUUUGCAAGUGCUACGGGAAACCAAUCGUCAAUUUGCCGAGAUGGACAGAAGCGAAAAAAGGGCUGGAGAUUUGAUGAUGGGAAGACAGGUAUAUGCUCAACAAGACGCUGAAGAGUGCUACGGCGCGAUCGUCCACAGCCUGCGAAACCUCCCCGGACUGAAUGCACAAGGUAAAACGACUGCCACGGGCGCAGAAGCAUCUGUCAACCGCUCGAAAUUCGUCGAGCAGUAUUUCAUGGGUAAAUUGCGUCGAGAGUUGAAAUGCAAAGAAGAAGGCGCAGAAAACGAGCCUCCGACAGUGUCCACUGAGAACGUGCUGAAAAUCGAAUGCAACAUAUCGAUAAAGACCAAUUUCAUGCUCUCUGGUAUUAUGUCGUCAUUGGACACAGAACUCGAAAAGAACUCUCCCUCGCUGAACAGAACCGCGGUAUACACGCAGACCUCCCGGCUCACGAGGCUGCCUACAUACCUGACCGUACACAUGGUCCGCUUCGCCUGGCGCGCAGAUAUCUCAAAGAAAGCCAAGAUCAUGCGCCAAGUCAAGUUCCCACAAGAAUUCGACGCGCUGGAUAUCGUCACCAAGGAUCUGCAGGAGAAACUCCUCCCUGCGAGCCGGAAGAUGAAGGAGAUUGAGAAAGAUAGACGCGAGCGCCGUAAAGUCCGCGCGAGGACUAAGCAGUUGGCCGCUGGUAGCGCCCCCGCCCCCGCCCCCGCCUCUGGCCCUUCCUCGUCCUCGUCUUCGGCCACCCCGGCACCUGCCUCGGGUGAUGUCGAGAUGGCGGACGCGUCGGCUGCAGCAGGUGCGGAAGAGGGUAAAGGAAAAGAAACGGCUGUGCGGGACGGCGAGCUGGAGGACGAGUCGGUGUAUAGGAAGCGCGAGGCUGAGGAACUUGCUCAGCUGAUCAAUGAAGAUAUCAAGAACGAUAUCGGCGCGAGUACGACGGGGCUUUACGAGCUCGUCGCUAUUGUCACGCACAAGGGUGCAGCGGCCGAUGCCGGGCAUUACAUGGGGUACGUCAAGAAGAGCGUGUUCAACGCGUACACGAAGAAAAAGAAAGUCGAGGCUGCGCCUGCUCCUUCCGAGUCCGCCGAGGGCGCCGCGCCUGCCCAGCCAUCCGAAGCCGAGCUGACGGCUGAGCUGGACGCACAGGAGGGCGACGAGGAUUGGUACAAGUUCGACGACGACAAGGUGUCUGUGUUCCCGCAGGAGAAACUUGCUACAUUGGAUGGCGGAGGAGAGGAUUCGAGUGCGUAUGUGCUGUUGUAUAGGAGUAAGAAUGCGGCGUGA